AUGGCUACCAACGGAACAACCAACGGAACGUCGCACAACACCUACUUGAUCUGGGGCGGUCGGGGAUGGAUUGCGCAGCAUCUUGAGACCCUACUGAAGGGCCAGGGCAAGACUGUCUACACCACAACUGUCCGCAUGGAGGAUCGCGAGGCAGUCAAGGCCGAGCUCGAGAAGGUCAAGCCCACCCACGUCCUGAACUGCGCUGGUUGCACUGGGCGUCCCAAUGUCGACUGGUGUGAGGACCACAAGGAGGAGACCAUGCGAUCCAAUGUUAUCGGCACCUUGAACUUGACAGACCUUUGCUCCCAGGCAGGCAUACAUGUCACAGUUUUUGCCACUGGCUGCAUUUACCAAUACGACGAUGCCCACCCCAUUGGUGGCCCAGGUUACAAGGAGACGGACCCUGCAAACUUCAAUGGAAGCUUCUACUCAGAGACCAAGGCCCAUGUUGAGGAGGUCAUGAAGUACUACAAGAACUGCCUGAUCCUCCGUUUGCGAAUGCCCGUAUCCGACGACCUACACCCGCGCAACUUUGUGACCAAGAUCAGCAAGUACGAGCGGGUUGUUGAUAUCCCCAACAGCAACACAAUCCUUACGGACCUUCUCCCAGCCUCCAUCCUGAUGGCCGACCACAAGGACACAGGCGUCUACAACUUCACGAACCCCGGUGCCAUCAGCCACAACGAAGUCUUGUCGCUGUUCAAGGAAAUCGUGAGACCACACUUUGCCUGGAAGAACUUUACGUUGGAGGAGCAGUCCAAGGUCAUCAAGGCCGGCCGCAGCAACUGCAUGCUCGACACCACAAAGCUUGAGAAGAAGCUCAAGGAGUACAACUACUCGGUGCCUGAGAUCCACGACGCGUACAGACAGUGCUUUGAGAGAAUGAAGGCUAAUGGUGUCAACUGA